UGGCUCUCUCUGAGUUUCAGCCUCACGGAAGAAGAGAUCGCAUAAGCACUCAAAGUUCAUUUCAUAUAUCUCAAGCUUAAUUCUUUAUGUCAGUGUAAAGUGGAUUACACGUGUGCCACACGACGUUAGGACGAUAACCAAAUUCUGAUUCAGCAGAUAAGCUGCACAAGGAUACAAGGAUAUAAAGAUAAUUAUUGACCAACUACAAAUCUAAUCAUGUUACAAAACAUAAAUAAAGAACUAGCGCCUAUAAAAUCACAUUAUUUUCUUUACAAUGCUGCGACGGGACCAAUGGUACAAUUUUUGCCAACGAUUGGAAAACAACUGGGCUUUUCCAGGACGGUAGUUGGUACAAUAUAUACAAUAUUACCAAUUUCUGGUCUAAUUGCGAAGCCAUUAUUUGGCAGUUUGGCUGAUAAGUUCAAAUUGCACAAAACCUUCUUCUUGAUAUUUGAAGCUGUGUUGGCAAUAGCAUUUUUCUCUAUUUAUUUCAUUCCUGGAAUAGACAGAAGUGCGAAAGUCACCCUUCUCUGUGAUAAUGACUUGUCAUACUUAGAGAUUUGUCCACAGACAGAAUUCUCAGAGGAAGCAUUAAGUGCAGUGAUAUUAGAAAAUAUCCAUAUUACUACAGUCUGUCAGUUGUCUUGCAAAAGAACAUCUCAUGGCUUCCUAGAACUGUCUGGCAGAAAUGUUUCUGCAAAUGGCACGUUCGAUUUUGAUGCAAAAUUUGACAUGUAUCAAGAUUUACCUACGAAAAAUUGUGUGGCCGUGAAACUGCGCACAUUUUUCGAUGGUACUACACACGCCCCGGUAUGCGGGGGUCAAUUGAGAACUUCGUGCAUGGCCACUUGCCAUAAUAACAGUGCGUUCAAUCAUCUUCUACAAGAAGCAACGGACUCGAAUAGUGAUACGAGACAUUCCUCAUACCAAUUCUAUAUGUUUCUAUGGGCAGCUAUCAUUAGUUGGAUCGGAAUGGCUGUUGUAGUUAGCAUAGCUGAUGCUAUCUGCUUUGAUCUUCUUGGUCACGAAAGAAGGAAUGAUUAUGGGAAACAAAAGAUGUGGGGCAGCAUUGGUUUUGGUAUUUUUGGUAUAAGCUCAGGCUAUCUGAUAGACCUUGCUAGCAAAGGACAAUACGAAAAAGAUUACACUUGUAUAUUUUAUAUUAUGUUAGUAGCCAUGAUUGCUGACAUUAUAGUGUCCGCAACAUUGAAAAAGAAAAAUCCGGAAUGUUCCACGGAUGAGCCAUCACUAUCGCGGGAACUAUUAAACAUAAUCAAAGAAGGAAGAGUAUUGGUGUUUGCCUGGUGGUGCAUAGGUGCCGGGAUGUGUACAGGAGUCAUUUGGAACUUUCUGUUCUGGUAUAGCGAGGACCUAGCGAAGAGCUCUCACUUCAAGUGGAUUAAGACCUUGCAAGGUUUGAUGACCGGAGUUCAGUGUUUUCUAGGGGAAUUACCCUUCAACUUUGUGUCAGGCACCGUGUUGAAAAAACUUGGUCAUGUUAACGUUAUGAGUCUCGUAUUGCUCAUCUAUGCAAUUAGAUUCAUGGCAUACAGUAUUAUAUCGAAUGUCUGGUUGUUCUUAAUUCUCGAAUUACUCCAUGGACCUUCGUUGUUAUGCUGGCCGACAAUGGUGUCUUAUGGAGAUAAAGUGACACCGUCCGGUCAAAAAGCCACUAUGCAAGGAUUUAUUGGUGCUGUUUUCGAAGGAAUUGGAGUGGCAGGAAGUAGUUUUAUAUGUGGCAGAUUAAUGGACUCUUAUGGAGGAGUUACAGCAUUAAGAACAUUUUCAGUAGGUGCACUUUUAUGGCUAGCCAUAUUUUGGUUGCUGGAACUCUUGUUGAGGAGAUUAAAAGCUUACCCACUAUACCGAGGCCAUAAUCAUCUAGCAAAUUACGCCAAUCCAGACGAUGCUAUACUUAUGACAAUAAGUCAAGAAUUACAAACUUAUUAGCAAAAUUAUUUUAUAAUGAUUAAUUUAUCAAUGCAAACGGGAUGACAGUCUUAUUGCACGAUUGAAAUCGAACAUUUUGAUUUUUCAUUGCAUUUGUACAGCUAAAAA